AUGUCUCAUGUUCAGCCCGACGAGCAGGACCUGCUCCAGAAAUACCAGCAAGAGCGUGAAAAACGCAUUGCGGAUACAGCUAUCAUCGACUACAUAGACACGCGAUCAAAAGAAAUUCAAGAUCUUGCCAAGGACCCAUGGGUUGAUUGGAACGACCCAAAGAUUCAGAAUCCUCCCCUCAAGGAUGGAGACAGUGUAAAGUUUCUAGUCAACGGAGCUGGGCACUGUGGCCUCCUCUACGCUUGUCGUUUGGUCGAGGCUGGGUUCAGCGCAAAAGACAUUGUAUGCGUUGAUAUAGCGGGUGGAUUUGGCGGCACCUGGUACUGGAAUCGGUAUCCUGGGCUCAUGUGUGAUGUCGAAGGUUACAUCUAUCUGCCGCUUCUAGAGGAGACAGGGUAUGUGCCCAAACACAAAUAUUCUUACGGCGCCGAAAUUCGCGGUCAGAAUGAGCGAGCUGCUAAGCACUUUGGCAUCCAGGGCCAGUUUUGUACCAGGAUCGAUUCGCAAAUUUGGGACGACGACAAGAAGGUUUGGGUCGUACAGUUGACACGUACCAUGGAUGCAAAUGCGAAGACUGAGCGAUUGACUGUUUUUGCGGAUUUUGUCAUUGUCGGCGGUGGCGUCCUGAACAUUCCAAAGAUCCCGAAGCUCCCAGGUUGGGAAGAAUUCAGAGCCAAGAAACGUGUAUUUCACUCAGCUCGUUGGGACUAUACUUAUACGGGCGGUACCCAGGAACAGCCAGACUUGGUCAACCUCAAAGACAAGACAGUUGCAAUCAUUGGUACAGGGGCAACUUCGGUGCAGAUCAUACCCGAAUUAGCCAAGUGGGCCAAACACUUGUACGUUGUACAGAGGACACCGUCAUACUGUGGGUAUCGCGCCCGGCGACUCAAUUACAAUGCAUGGGUCAGCAACAACCCUCAAGGUUACGGGCCGAAUCUUGUGAACGAUGGAUGGACUCAUACUCCAGCUGGCGAAGGUCUUUUGGGCACAACCAGGAAGAUAGUCGAGCCACACGAGACGGAAGCAUACAUACGAGAACUCCAUCGGAUUGACCGACCGCGUACUGAAGCCUUACGCAAGCGUAUUGACGACGUGGUCAAGGAUAAAGACACAGCCGAGAAGCUAAAGCCAUGGUACGGCAGCUGGUGCAAGCGCCCCACUUUUCACGACGAUUACCUGGCAACAUUCAACCAACCCAACGUCACCUUGAUCGACACCGACGGAAAGGGCUUGCAGGCAUUCACCGAGAAUGGCCUAGUGUAUGACGGUCAGGAGUACAAAAUUGACGCUCUAGUCCUCGCAACUGGAUUUACUCAAGUUAACAACGGCGAUGUUUCUCAAAAGAUUGAUGCAGUUAUUCAGGGAAGAAAUGGGCAAACCAUGUCCCAUAAAGCGGAGACUAUGGGUAACGCGCCACUUCUUGGCAUUGCCCUUUCAGGCUUUCCAAAUCUCUUCUCCUACUUUGCCCGCGGGGCUAGGGCUUCGUGGAACAUGACAUCCAUAUACGAUAUGAUGGCGAGAUAUCUAGCGUCCAUACUCAAGAAGGCACACAUGCAGGUGGAAGACGGGAAAAAGGUAAUCAUUGAAGCCAGUCCAGAAGCUGAAAGCAAAUGGGGUGACGAGCUCGCAAGGAGGGCGCCUUUGUAUAGUGCGUUGGCUGCCUGCACGCCCACCUACUUUACUGGGGGAUUUGAAGGUCUCAAAGCUAAGAAAUCACAAAGCAUGGAAGAAUUGGUGAGAAAGGCGAGGACGGCGGGACUUGCCGCAGGCCCAGUCGCUUACCAGGAGAAAUUAGAAAGCCUUGCAGCUAGUCCAGAGGUUGAAGGCUUCAAGGUCAGUGUUGCUGCUUAA